AUGGAUUGUCAUUUGGUUGGAAAACCUAGAUACCUCUUUAAAGAACAGGAAGAGCCAAUGUUGGGCCGAGAAACCCCACCCUCCACUAAACGUGCUCUUAAAUUCGGUGUAGAUUUGCCUUCCCCACAAAAUGCUCCCUCUAAAAAUAUCAGCCCUAUUAAAAGCUUGAACCCUUACCAAAACAAUUGGACCAUAAAAGGCCGGGUAACAAAUAAGAGGAAGAUGCAUCAAUAUAACACGCCAAAGCGCAAUGGCCAAGUUUUUAGUUUCGAUAUUAUAGACGAAGAGGGUUGUGAAAUUAGAAUCACUUCCUUUGAUGAGAUAGCAGAAUUGCACUAUCACCGAGUUGAAAAAGGAGCUUUAUAUGUUGUUUCCAAAGGUACUGUAAAAGAUGCAAACACAAUAUACAAUAAGCUUAACAACCACCUUGAGAUUAUCUUGACUGAAACUUCAAUUUUGAAGCAAUCUACCCUCGAUGCUGUUGAGAUUGAAAAAAAAACUUGCUUCACCCCUAUUAAUGAAGUUCUCACCACCACCAACAAUACUUUGGUUGAUGUUAUUGGUGUUGUUGUCAAUGUCGAAGAGAUUUCUGUAAUUUGUAGAAAGGAUGGCUCUACUGUAAACAAGAGAAUAGUAAAAAUAAAUGAUAUGUCAACUUUGACAAUAGAUGUUAACCUUUGGGGCCUGCCAUCAGAACAACUAGGCAACGACUUGAAGAAUAUGCAUGCAUCUGGAACAUUUGUCAUCCUUGUUGUUCAAAAUGCACGGGUUGGUUAUUUCAAUGGAAAAGUCAUUAAUAUUUCAGCAUUUACAACUUUUGAAAUUAACCCUUCUAUUCCUGAAGCAGACCCACUCUGUUUAAGAGGCGUUGUACAACAACACCUUGAUCUACACUCUUUGGCUGUCCAUACCAAAAAUAACCAGUAUCAAAGAAUGUCAAUUGCAUCCAUCCUACAACGUCUUAGUAUUGUGUUGGAAACCACUGAGACUACUAUUACAGCUAUCUUGCGCUUCAUAAAGGAAUACCAGUUUUACUAUAAAACUUGUCCAUCACUGUUCAACGGUAAAGAAUGUAAAAAAGAAAUGUAA